GAAGCAUUACUUUAAAAUAUUCAACCUUGACGAAUCUGGGAGCUGUAGUAAAACUGAACCUGGCAAAGGCACAAUGCUCUGGUUGAUGGUUCUUGGAUUUUGGCUUAUAGCUGCCAAUGAAGCCACAGCUUUGUCUACCAAUCCAGGCUUUGUUGCAAGAAUAACAGAUAAUGGUCUUGAUUAUGCUCAGAAAAUAGGAAUCCAGGCUCUGCAGAAAGAGUUGUCCAAGAUCAAGGUGCCAGACUUUCAUGGCAAGACACGCGUUAAAAUUAUUGGGCAUGUAUCUUAUGACUGCUACAGCAUUAAUAUUAAAAAUUUCCAGAUGCCAAAGUGUGCUAUCACAUUAGUUCCUGGUGUGGGUCUCAGAAUUUCAGUAUCCAAUGCUUUUAUUCAGCUAAAUGGAAAAUGGAAAGUCCGUGCCAAAUUUGCAAAAGAUCAUGGCAGUUUUGAUGCGAAAGUUGAAGGCCUCUCCAUCUCUGUUGUACUGAAGCUGGGGAGAGAUGGGUUUGGGAGGCCGACAGUCUCAGCUUCUGACUGCACAAGUAGCAUUGCCAGAGUCAACUUAAAAAUCAAAGGAAAAUUCAGCUUCCUGUACAAACUUUUUAAAAAGCCAAUUGAAUCUGCAGUCCGAAGUGCAAUGACAAAGCAGAUAUGCCCUGUGGUUGUCAAUACCAUUAAUACAAAACUACAACCCAUCCUGCAGACCUUGCCAGUUGCUGCAAAGAUUGACAAGUUUGCUGCAAUAGAUUACUCACUUGUUGACGCACCUGCAUCAACAGCUGAAACUCUGGAUGUACACUUCAAGGGUCAGUUCUUUGAUAUUACAAAUCACACAACGAUUCCUUUUACCCCACCACCCCUGCAAUUCCCUGUGGAUCACAGUCGUAUGCUAUACUUUGGGAUCUCAGAAUAUUUCUUCAACACGGCAGGAUUCAUAUAUGGCAGUGCUGGGGUUCUGGUUUUAAACAUCACUGACGACAUGUUACCAAAGAACUAUAGCAUACGUCUGAAUACAUCUUCCAUUGGAACUUUUAUACCACAGGUUCAGAAAAUGUAUCCAAAUAUGUUGAUGAUGAUGCAUGUCGCUGCUGAUUUGGCACCUUCCCUGACAAUAUCACCAGGCAAACUGGCUCUUACAGCAACCUGCACCAUUGAUGCUUUUGCGAUUUUACCCAACAAGUCAUUAGCUCAUCUAUUUGUUCUACAUGUGAGUACAGAAAUCUCUGCUAAAGUAGGAGUUAAAGGCAAGAAUCUUUUUGGGAGCCUUUCCCUGGACAGUGUGGAUCUGACUCUCAAGCAGUCUGAUGUUGGCCCAUUCUCGGCAAAAUUACUGGAAAGUGCUGUGAAAGUCUAUGUCUCAUUUGUUAUACUCCCUCAAGUUAAUGCUCGUCUAGAAAAAGGCUUCCCUCUGCCUGUAUUGGAUAAGCUUCAGUUAACAGAUGUUGUUGUUGAACCCAAACAGAACUACUUACUGUUCGCAGCCUCAGUGGUUUACGGUGGAUGAGAAUACCAGCAUGAAGAAAAUCUCUCAUCAGGCAGAACAAGCAGGACACAUAACUCUAAUAAUAUCCGCAAAAAUGCUACCUGAACACCUGCUUGGCUUCUUCCCAGUCUAUCGCUUUACUGGAACAAUAUGUACAAAAUAAUACUCAAAUGGAUGAUUAAAAUGCGUAAAGCUGGUAGGAACUGAAAUGUGUAUAAGUAUGUUGUAAGACACAAGAAUAAAAGAAUAGAGCUGUGAUAUAAACUCUGCAUAUAAUGCAUAUCUAGUAUAACAGAAGAUAUUGUUGUGAUUUUUUUCAUUGGUAUUAAAGUAUGUGUGUACAUCUCACAGAUUAACAAUGGAAUGAAUAAAUAAAGUUGUUAAAAAAUGGUA